UUCAUUUAGACGAUAUAUAUAUAUAUAUAUAUAUAUCUCAUAUCUUAUAUCUAUUUUAAAUAACUUAAGGCCGCUAAAAUUUGGGGGGGAACAGCCUUCGCCCUGGAGCGGUGCGCGAUGCUGUCUCACGCCGACCUCCUGGACGCCCGUCUCGGGAUGAAAGAUGCGGCUGAGCUGCUGGGACAUCGGGAGGCGGUGAAGUGUCGGCUGGGCGUAGGGGGCUCGGAUCCGGGGGGACACCCGGGAGACAUGCCUCCCAACUCGGACACGGUGGAAGGGACCACCCUGCUGCCGGGGGACGACAUCACCACGGUGGGAUCCAACCCCAGCUCCCUAGCCGUCAGCGCCAAAGACGCCGACAAGCAGCAAGGCCAGCAGGGCGGCCAGAACCCCAGCCAGGCCGGGCAGCAGCAGGGGCAGCAGAAGCAGAAGCGGCACCGCACCCGCUUCACGCCGGCGCAGCUCAACGAGCUGGAGAGGAGCUUCGCCAAGACUCACUACCCGGACAUCUUCAUGCGGGAGGAGCUGGCCCUGCGCAUCGGCCUCACCGAGUCCCGGGUGCAGGUCUGGUUCCAGAACCGCCGGGCCAAGUGGAAGAAGCGCAAGAAGACCACGAACGUGUUCCGCGCCCCAGGCACGCUGCUGCCCACGCCGGGGCUACCGCAGUUCCCCUCAGCGGCCGCCGCCGCCGCCGCCGCCAUGGGCGACAGCCUGUGCUCCUUCCACGCCAACGACACGCGCUGGGCCGCCGCCGCCAUGCCCGGCGUGUCACAGCUGCCGCUGCCGCCGGCGCUGGGACGGCAGCAAGCCAUGGCGCAAUCCCUGUCCCAGUGCAGCCUGGCGGCCGGGCCGCCGCCCAACUCCAUGGGGCUCUCCAACAGCCUGGCGGGCUCCAACGGCGCCGGGCUGCAAUCCCACCUCUACCAGCCCGCCUUCCCCGGAAUGGUGCCCGCCUCCCUGCCCGGCCCCAGCAACGUGACGGGCUCGCCCCAGCUCUGCAGCUCCCCGGACAGCAGCGACGUGUGGCGGGGAACCAGCAUCGCCUCCCUCCGCCGCAAAGCACUAGAGCACACAGUCUCCAUGAGUUUCACUUAA